GGUGGCAACGCCUUACACCCGCUGCCUCGCACGUGUUGUUGACAUUCUCUUGUUCCGUGCGUUUUGCCACUGCUUAAAAUGGCCAAAACAAAAGGGGAAAAGUCAGGAAAACUGGUCAAGAAGAAGGCGAACAAGGAGAAGGUAGAGGCCACACCCUCGUCGAAGGCUGUCAAGACCCCGAAAGCCGCCACCGCCAAUGGGGCCGGCAACAACACGGAGGAGAACGGCAUCUGGCGGGAUGAGCGCUUCCAGCAUUUGCUGGCCGAUCCCCGGUUCCGGGGCGUACCGAAGGUGCAGCGCAAGGUGAAGAUCGACAAGCGGUUCCAGGGCAUGUUCACCGACGACAAGUUCAAGGUAAAAUAUACCGUGGACAAGUACGGCCGUCCAGUGAACAAGAGCAAUGCCGAGGAUUUGCGCAAGUACUACGAGCUGGAUGAGAACGAUAGCGACAGCGACGAGGAGGACAAGGAGAAAGAACAGAAAGAGGAGGACCAGGAGGCAUCCGAUGAGCUGCAGGAGCGUCGCGCCGAAGAGCUAGCCAUAGCCGAUUUGCAGGAAAACGACGCCCUGGAAGCCAGUGAUGACAGCUCCGACUCUGAACUGCCCAAGGAUCUGCGCGAGCGCUUGACCAACCCGGACGUGGACUAUGCCCGUGGCGAAGGCCGCCUCAUGACAGACUCCUCCUCCGACGAGGACAGCGACGAUGAGGAGGACGAGGGCCCCGAGCUGCAGAUCGAUCAUGUGUGGGGCGAGCUGGACAACGAUGCCGAGAGCACCGAAGAGAGCACACGCCGCCUGGCCGUCUGCAACAUGGACUGGGAUCGCAUUCGUGCCGAGGAUUUAAUGGUCAUGCUGAGCUCAUUCCUGCCGCCCGGCGGCAGUAUUCUCAGCGUUAAAAUCUAUCCCUCGGAGUUUGGCAAGGCACGCAUGGCCGAGGAGGAGGUGCACGGUCCCAAGGAGCUAGUGGAACGAACCGAGGAGCAGUCUGACGACUCUGACGAUGAGCUGGUGCGCGAGCAGGACAGUGACGCAGAGGAGGGCGACGACUAUCACAUGGAGAAGCUACGAAAGUAUCAGUUGAAUCGUCUUCGCUACUACUACGCCGUGGUGGAAUGUGACACCGUCGCCACAGCCGACAAGGUGUACCAGGAAUGCGAUGGCAUUGAGUACGAGAGCUCUGCCACGCGCGUCGAUUUGCGCUUUAUCCCAGACGAUACCAGUUUUGAGGAGGACACACCCACCGACGAGUGCCACGAACUGCCCGAUGCCAGUAACUACAAGCCCCGCCAAUUCACCACAACGGCCCUGCAGCAGGCCAAGGUGGAUCUGACUUGGGACGAGACAGCGCUGGACAGGCGAGAGCUGGGCGACAAGCUAUCCAGCGGCCAGGUGGACAAGCUAACGGACAAGGAACUGCGCCAGAUAGUGGCCUACAGCAGCGAAGAGGAGUCUGAAGAGGAGGAACAGGAUGAUCAGGAGGAGGAGGAGAAGGAGGAGAAAGAUAAACAGAAGCCACAGCAGGAAGAGAAGCUUGCGAAGCCCAAGAAGCCCAGCAAACAGGAACGCAUUGCCAACUACAAGAACCUGCUGGCGGAAAUUCUGGAAAAGGAGAAGCAGGAGAAGGAACAAAAGUACGAAAUGGAAAUGUCCUGGGAUGUUACGGAUGACACGACAGAGCAAGAGCAGAAGAAGGAGCAACAGCAGCCCACCGCCGAACUGACGCCCAUUGAGAAGGUAUUGCAGAAGCGCAGCGAGAAGAACAAGCUGCGUAAGGAGCAGCGCCGGCAAAAGCAGCUCGAAGCCAAGGGUGACGACGGCAAUGACAGUGAUGCCUCCCUGGUCCCGGAUGGCAUUGAUCUAAACGAUGCCUACUUUGCCGAGGAGUUUGCCAACGGUGACUAUGCUCCGCCCAAGACGAAACAGCAAAAGAAGAAGAACAAGUCAAAGGGCAAGGGUAAGACGACCGGCGAGGAGGACGAGGCGCAGCAACAGCAGGAGAGAGAGCUGGAACUGCUGCUGGACGAUGGCGAUGGACGGGAUGAGAAGCAGCACUUCAGCCUGAGCAAGAUCCUUAAGCAGGAGGAGCUGGAGCAGUCGGCAAGCGGCUCUAAACGCAAACGUCGCCAGCAAUUGAAGAAAUCAAAGGGCAAGCAGUUGGAAUCCUCGGAGAAACCUGAUGACGACUUCCAGCUGAAUGUGGAGGAUUCACGCUUCAAGGCUGUCUACAAGUCGCACGAGUUCAACAUCGAUCCCACCCACUCCCACUACAAGGCCACCAAGGGCAUGCAGCGGAUCAUUAGCGAGAAGCUGAAGCGACGUCAGGAGCAAGUCGAAGGCGGUGACGAUGAGCCAGCGGCGGCUCCAAAGCGCAGCAAGCAGCAGCUGGAACAGAAUGCCCUAGUCAAGAGCCUCAAGCGAAAGAUCCAGCAGCAGGAGCAGCGGGGCCAGAAGCUUUAAGGGAUGUACUUGGGAUGAAAGACUAGAAAUUAAAGGUUAAUCUUAUGCCA